AGGGUGUUGAGGGUGUUUUGACAUUAUCAGCUUAUGUGGGCGCCUUUCGGUUGAAGUAAAAUACAUCCUGAUCAGUGGGGUUUUUCAGCGGAUUCUACGAAUCGCAGCCUUUCUUGUUUUAGAAUUUUGGUCAUUGGAUGAGACCAAGACAAAUUCCUGCUUCGCUGAGAUCAACGUUGAGGAACUGGAAUUUAAAGACGCUUCAGCGCGCGCGGACGAAAAGUUUGUCGGUAGAGUUGUUUAUAUUUAUCUUUUGUUGAAUCUGUUUCCUCAUAACUUGACUUUACUUUGCUGCCGUGUUUGAAGGUUUCGAACAUCCGACGCAGAACUUGUGACGCAAGUAAUUAUCUCGGAACAGCUGCUCGAAAAAGGGAAUAGUUUAUAAAUUGAAGUUGAAAGCAAGGACAUUUCGUCGAUCGUAUUACGUUAAAAACUAAAGCUUACCUUACGUUUUCCUUGGCGUUUCUUGUUUAUUGGAUCGCUACCAUUUCGCCAACAUUCAGACGUCACCCAAAUCGAAGAUGUUGGUAUAUUGGCGAGUUUUUGCUUUCCUGGCGUUACUGUUCCUCCACAGUCGCGGUGCCAUGCGAGAAAAGAUUGUUGAUUUCACGCAUCACGAUUACAAUGCUAUGACAAAGAUUCUCCAUACCUUCGCGACAAAAUACCCAUCGAUAACUAAACUUCAUCCGCUGGGAGAAUCGGUCCAAAACAGAAUUCUUUGGGUGUUAGAAAUUUCAGACAAUCCAGGCGUCCACGAACCUGGCGAGCCUGAAUUCAAAUACAUCGGCAACAUGCACGGAAACGAAGUCGUGAGCAGAGAAAUUCUACUUCAUUUCAUUGAAAGUUUACUCGACGGAUAUCAAAGAAAUGAUGAGGAAAUAACCAACUUGAUUAAAAAUACAAGAAUUUCCAUUAUGCCCUCUAUGAAUCCUGAUGGUUAUGAACAGGCAAAAACUGUUCCAAGGAACGAUGAAAGCGAGAGAUGUACUGGUGUUGUCGGGAGAAGAAAUGCAAAUAAUACUGAUCUUAAUAGGUGAGUCAACCCUUACUUAAGCGAUCACAGAAACGGCUCUAUCGAAUCGAGGAUUGUAGUGCAGAAACUCUUCCUUUUUAUUCCAUUCUCGUCAAUUAAUUACCACCAUAAACCUGUAUUUUCAUCAUAGUUUUUUCAAAUAUAUUUUCAAUCCCCUUUACUUUAAACUUGGACUGGUGAUUAUAAGAGUGUUUAAAUGUUUUCAUCUUGAAUUUUAUUAUUGGGGAAAAAAAAACUGACAAGUUAAAAAGAAGAUUGGUUGGUAAGCCUAUUUAAAAAUGUUAUUCUGCCAGCAUUUUUACUCGUAGGAAAAAAAUUAUUUAUUAGUUGCUAAACAGAGAUCCUCAUUAAACCAAGCAAAAUGAUAAUAAAAUAACAAUUUUUUCCAACUGUUUUUUUAACGCACAGAUAUAGACCUUAAAAACAUGAACAGCAGUUAAAUCUCCAGCAAAACUUACAAAUGUUUCCACUUUGACUUACAUGAAACAAACUCCCAAAGUUACUAGUUCUUGCUAUAAUAUUAUUUAUGGACUUCUAGACAUUUUUCCUCAUCACCAUAGUUUUAUUGUUAUAACAUUUUUUAACAGACACAAAGUGGUACCGUAGAACGUCCAGAUGUAAAAAAAUUCUUUUUAUUGUACCUUGCUAUUGUGGACUCACACUUGUAAGGACACUAUCUUUUGAUCCUCAGUGUGUCCAUGAUAACAAAAGUCGUCUGUACAAAACAAGUCAGUUUACCUACAAUAGCAAAGUAUAGCUUUGCCAAAGAGCAUAGUCACUAGGUUCAUCAACAUAUUUAUGUGAAGUCUGUUCAAUUAAGCUUUGGAAUUCUUGUAAGAUAGAAAGAUUGUUAUUGAUUGUUAAGGCCUGAUUGUACUUUUUAAAAUUUCAAAAUUUUGGCUUUUUGUAUUUUUCUAUAACCUUGUGUCGCUGGGUGCCUUUUAACAUGAUGUUAAACACACCCUUUACAUACAUCCUGGCAUACAUGUCAGGACCAAAACAGCUUGGAUGUUCACCCGGAGACUCAAAUAUUGUGAAAGUUCCUACAGCUUUCCAAAGUUUUAAAGAUCUGUACCCAAGGUUUUAGCCAGAAGGGUGUCCAGCCAUCCUAUUGACAUCCAUUUUUCGAAGAAAUACAAGGAAAAUUCACUUAAUCUCUUAUAAUUUUAUGGGAAAACAUGCCUUCUGGACGGCCAGUUUUCAAUGUCUGGCUAAAAGCCUGUCUGUACCUGUAUUGGAUUUGACAAAAAGAAGAAAAAACAUGAAGUUUAGUCAAAUAAUUUGGAAGGAAAACAAACAGAACUCUUUCCCUGAGUAAAAAAUCCUUAAUUACGUCUUUGUAGUGAAUAUUAUUGCAUUAUGCCCUCAAAUUAUGGACGCAUUUUUGAUACAAAGACAUCGGGUUUUUGUGUGUUAGUAGGGAGCUUAAGCAGUGACGAAUUCACUUUUUAAGUGACGUUUUUGUAGCCGUCGCUGCAGUUGUUGCUUAAGUUCUCUAAUUACUGAAAUAGUUCUGUGAAAUGGAAUCAAAAAUUUUCAACCAAGAUAAUAAUAACCCUGGUCACAGGAAACAAAAAAGGCCUGGUCUGAAAAGGGUUUAAAAAAACAUGGUUCUACAGUGGUACUCUGUUAACAGGGUCACCAGUGGGUAGACAAAAUUUGGCCGUAUUGUUGGGGCUGGCUUAAAUUUCAUGACUUGAGGGCCGUAAUGACAAAUACACUGUACAUCGCAUUCGCAUUUCUUGAACAACUGUUCUCAUAAAUAAACAACCAGAAUGUAGAUAUCGUGUACAGUAAUAACAUUGAAAAAACUACUUAAAAUUUUCCUUCAUCACAUAAAACACUUUAAAAAUUUGGCGAUAAAAUCGCAACGACUGCACUUUAUGUGUACUGUAGUCUAAAAACAUUACAAGAACAGGCUCAGAGUACUAGGUCAGUAAAAUUGACAUGUCACAGAAAUUUUAAUUUUGUAAAUUUUGAACAAGUGGCCGCAUUAACGGGAUAAAAUUAUAAGAGAUUCUACCCUUUGGGGUUUUAAAAUGAGGCUGUUGGUUGAUUAAUGGGUGACCACAUUAAUGGGGGGUUUUCAUAAGGAAAAGUAAGGCCAUUUUGCCGGGCAGAAAAAAGGGGGCCGUAAUAAUGAGGUGACCAUAUUACCUAGGUGGCUGUAAGGUGGAGUUCCUCUGUAUUUCCAAAAAUACAUGUAAUUAUUAUAAUUGUUGAGCAUCAGAAAAUGACAGCAGAAUACUAAUAAUGUUAUCGUUGAAUUCUAUUCUUAUUAACCCUUUAAGCUCUAAGAGUGAUCAGUAUCAAAUUUCUCGUUGUACAUGCAAUAUCAGUGCCUUGUAAAACAGAGUGGUCAUGAGAAUUAAAGACAUGAUCACACAAAAUGAAUGUGCUUGAUAUUUUAUCAACUUCUCCUCACUUCCUCUGUAGGAAAUAAAUAGGGGCAACAAAUGAUAAUUCAAAUUUUGAUCUUAGGAUUUAAAGGGUUAAUAAUUCAAUGUUUUGUUUUUAAAAUGCUUCCGAUCAUUGUUUGUUUUCAUCCAGAAAUUUUCCAGACCAGUUUGAUGAAAACAAAGCAGCAGUUGAAAGUGGAUUACAAAAAGAAACUCUUGUUGUGAAGAAAUGGAUCGAUGAAAAUCCCUUUGUUCUGUCAGCUAACUUCCAUGGGGGUUCCUUAGUGGCAAAUUACCCCUAUGAUGAUACACCCAACAAGCGUAGUGUAUAUAGUGCCACAACUGAUGAUGACAUUUUUCGAAAGUUGGCGUUAACUUAUUCUUCAAAUCACCCAACAAUGCAUCUGAAUAAAGCACAAUGUGUUGGCGAUAAUUUCAAGGAUGGUAAGAUUUGUAUACUAUCUUUAGGUCUACAUGUAAUAACAUUGCUUUAUUUCACAAUUAGGUUGAGCAUGAUUGUCCGGGUGCCAGUAGCUGUUGACUCUUUAAAUGAUAAUAUAAAAUAAAUGCAAUCACCUUAACCACUCAUCAGAAAAAUUAAACACACAUUAGGGCCAUUUAUAUGAGGAAAAAUAAGACGCGUCUUACAUAAGACGCUUCUAAGACGCCAACUGUACCAUUAAUACGAGCAUGUCUUAUCUAAUAAGACGUGUCUUAGCUAAGCCGCGUCUUAUUUUAGAGGAAAUGUGCUGUUUAUACAGAAAGUUCGCGUCUUAUGUAGGAUGCGUCUUAUUUUUCCCCGUAUAAAUGGCCCUAUUGUUGUACAAGAAUUUGCAUUGAAAGAAAUGUUUCUGAGGCUCAUAUGGCAUGAUUCUGGUAGUGUGAAAGUCAUUGUGCAAAGGAACAACAAACUAUUGUUGCUCUUUGAAAAGGCGCGUUGCAUUGCUCAUGUUCUUUAUGCCAACAAGGUACUUGACCAAUAAAUUAUUAUAAGAUGUAGUUUUAGGUAAGAAUUUAGGAGUUUCUGAAUGAACACAACUGGCAAAUGCUCCUACCACUACUAGGUUCCAUCACAAGAAAUAGUUGCAAAUUUUACAUUGCGUUCGAUUGGGAAAUUGGGAUUUCCGAUUUGCAAUCAAACUUAAAAACCCAAAACGGAUUAAUUCCUUUCCGAGAGAACCAUCCUCAGGGUGGAUUUCAAUCAAGAAAUCCAAAUCAGGAUUUCAUGGAUUUCCUUUUUACCGUUUGACUGGGAAAUCUGAAAAAAGAUUUGCAAAACUAUUCUCAUCAACAGCGUUCUUCUUUUUGCUAACUAUGCAUGUGCAAGACAGCUGUUCUUAAGGACAGUUUUUCAAGUCCUUUUUCAGUUUUUGCCAAUCAAACGGUAAAAAGGAAAUCCAAAAACAGAUAUCUCAGUGUUAAAAUCCGUUUUCAGAUUUCUUGUUCGAUUGCAAAUCUGGACUUUAAAGUCUAAAUCCAGAUUUCCCACUUCAAUGCACCCUUAAAAAGCUAACUGUAAACUGUAAAUCAUCUGUCUGGCUGCAGUUGUUUAAAAGGAGAGAAAUACUAUCCACUGAUUAAAUCACUAUCCAAUGGAUAGUUAACAAUUGUUAUUGAGUAUGAUGCGAAGAAUUAUGCAGAUCAAGAAGAAUUUGUUAUCAGCCUUAGUGGAUGAAGCCUGCAAGAUCAGCAUAAUUCCAAUUCUUCACAUCAUAGGAAAGCCAAAUUCAAUAAUUGUUUUUCUAUCCAUUCAAAAUAUUUCUAAGUUCUUAACAAACAUACCUCCUCCUAGACUUUCUUUAAAACUUUGGCCCAUUUCUUGGCACAGUUUCUUGAUACUAACAGUUGCUUGUUACUGUCAGAUAUUCCUCAAAAAGUAGAUAACAUGCAUCAAGCAAUAUGUUUUGGGUAUUCUUACAUUUCUUCUGAACUAUUCAGUUUUGUCAGAAAUUCAGCUAUUUUGAAUUGCAGAUUCACAACUUUUUUUAGUUCAUUAUUGCCCAAGCAGCCUCAUUUCCAGACAAAUAUACAUUGAUCAACCUCUUUUCCAAGCAAAUAUACCAUCAAAUUGAUGUCAUAUGGCUCCAUCUUCCAAAUUUGGUCAAGACCAGCGUUUUCCUUAUCAGGCGGUAACCGGUGAAAUUUACCGUCUGAAGCAACAGUUCUUACCGCCUGCAACCACUUGAAGAUUUACUAAAAUUAAAUAAGUUGUUUUAAAAAAUACGUAAGUUGUGAUCUGAUCCGAUCAAGCUAAUUAAUGAUUAUAUGGAAGUGUACUAAAGUACACACAAUUUUUCUAGGGCAUUGAAGACAGUGUAAUAUUAUUGGAAUCAAACGUUUUUUAGUGUUGUCUAAAAAUAACAAUGGCUGAUUAACCUAAAAUAGGUCUUAAAUGAGGGAAUGACAUUUCAGAGAACUUAGCUCCUAAAUUUCACAGCAAGGUCAAAGCCACAUCCCUCACUCCACUAACCCCCUACCCCAGGAAAGUGUGCUUCUGGCACACAGUUUUUUUGCCUUACCACCCAUGAACAGUCCCUUUUCCUGCUGAACUAAAAUUUAGGGAGAACACUGGUCAAGACCAGCUGGUAAUGAAGAAUUAGCCAGGGGAUUUGAGUUAAACAGAAACAGCAAUAAUUAUUUUGAAUGAAUGAUGAUGAAAUCCUUAUUGUAUCCUUAUCCUUAAAGCCUUAUCGUACUUUUGAACAACUGGAACCUAAUCACUUUUUGUUAAAAUGGUGAAAACCACUAGGGAUCCAUGCCUAAUUUUCAUGUUUGCUCAAAUGUUUGGUUCUAAUUCCUGGUCACUCUUUCCCAGGCAUCACAAAUGGUGCUGAAUGGUAUUCAGUCACCGGUGGCAUGCAAGAUUACAACUAUGUUAGAAGCAACGCUUUUGAAAUUACUGUUGAAGUCAGCUGUUGCAAGUUUCCAUCUGAGUCUACACUUGAACGGUUUUGGAAGGAAAACAAGAAAUCCCUGCUUGAAUAUCUAAAGCUUGUUCACACUGGUCUCAGUGGCUUUGUCAAGGACCAGAAAUCAGAAAGAGGUACAGUUUGUAUUAUGGAGACUGAUUUGUUUUACCACUCGUCAAGUCUGCCGGAAUGCUUUUCAAAAACUUAACAACAAUUUCACUUCUAAACUUAAUUUUCCUUUCUCAUAUACUGGCCCUUGGGUCUCUGAUGGUGUAAAGCUUUCUGUUGCCUUUUCAUAAUAAAACACUUAUUAGAUGGCCCUUAUAAAGUUGAAGUACUCUUGUACUGGUAGCCACUCAUACUCUGUUAUAGAGAGUAGUGUCGUCAGUUGGCUGAGAUUUCGUAAUCAAUCAUCAGAAAUAAUCAGAUUGACUCACCUGGUAGAUCAUCUACAUGUUUUAAUAUGUAGAUUUAGCCAGGACUAAAAGCAAAGCUCUCGAUAAUAUUUAUAGUUUGUUCAAACAAGAAAUCGUGUAAUGCUAAGUGGCGAAGGCAACAAGAAUGGUGAAAAAAAAACAACAAUAGGUCUAAUUAGCAGAAAAUCAACUUUGCAUGAGCAUCACACUUUUUUUGUACAUUUCUUUGCUGUUGUCUUGCACGACUACAGCGUGAAACUUCCAGAAACUUCCUAGUUACACAUUUUAUGGAGGAAAUGUCACACGUGUUCGUGUUCAAUUUUUUUCCACUGUUGCUCAUUUUCACCCUGGUGGCUGCUAGCGUUCUCACCAACGCUACAAAAUGUUCAUGUUGUUCCUCCAACAGAAAUUUCUCCUUUGUUUUUUCUAUCUCGCCCUAGAUCUUUUUCUCAUUGAACUUCGCUGGCCUGUCACCUUACUUUCUCUUUUUCUCUGUCUUUCUCUUUCUCUCUUUCCCAAAUUUGUGGGCAUGACAAUUAAUCUAAACUUAAUACUUUAGACAACACAGAUACAGAAACAUUUUCCGCUUUCAGUUUUCGUCUUUAUUGACUCUUUAGUUGUCUCUACUUCACAAGAGGCGGGUGGCCAUACGCUUUCCUACCAAAAUAACCUGACAUUUGGCAUUGGCUUACAUGAAGUGGGUGUACGGACGGUCGGCAUUUGUACGCUACGUCAUAACCAAAUUUUCUUGCUUUCAUAUGUUACCAAUUUAUCUUAGCAAUAGGGCUCCUCCACGUGCACUUUGCGCAUGGGAGCUCCGCUAUAAACAGAAGAAUCUCUUUGUAAGAAUUCUACUUAUUUUUCAUCUUUGUGCAAGUCAAAGUACUUGAAAUACAAACAUCUGGCCUAGAACUUGGAGGGUUAUGAGUUUGAUUCUUGUUUGGAGAAAUAUUAUUUUUUUGUACUUUCAGGCGAUUGAAUUCUCUUUCUACAACAACACACAAGAUUUUAAUAUGCCAACAAGAAAUUCUAUUUUUUUUCCACACAACAAUAUUGAUUGAAAAUUACUUUUCUUGAUUAUUGGGUCAUUUGAGUAUUAAAGGUUUCAAUACUAUCUGUCUUCUCAAUGUGUGAGAACCUACAGUUAAUUUUAGAAAUCAGUGCAACCUACAGAUUAGUUAGUUAUCUUUAUUCUGCUAGCACAUUAGUGACUAAUCUGUAGGUUGCCCGCACAAUGCAUGAUUUCCAAGAGGAAAGUCUGUGUGAUGGUGUGUUUGUCAUUAUUUUCUUCAAAACAAUGUAUAAUAAUACAAUUACUUGAUUCGGUUUUUGUGACAUCCGGAAUACUCAAGGUCUCAUUAAGUUAGUGCUAUCAGCCUCAGCCAUCAGCUCGGCUGAUAAUGCUUACCUCGACCUUGAUGAUUCCAGAUAUCACAAAAAAACCUCAUCCAAUAAAUGUUUAUAAUGGAUGAUCGGAACACUACUAAUGGAGAGGUUGUUGAUGAAGAGACAUGAAUGUUAACUAGUAGCUUCCUGCUGUAAUAUUGUUGUCACUUUAAUGUUUUUAGGGAUUGAGGGAGCUGAAAUAAAUGUCCUUGAUCGUAAUCAUCCUGUGAAAAGUGCAAAGGACGGUGACUAUUGGCGAUUGCUUGUUCCAGGUAAAUACAAGGUGAAGGUGAGCAAACGUGGGUAUUUUCCCGUCACAAAGAAUAUUCAAGUCAAUGAUGGGCUGGCCACAAAGGAGGACUUUAUCUUGCAACCGAUUGGAAAGAUGCAUUUAAAGCAGGAUGAAGGCAGCACUAAUUUGCAAGAAGUCUUACUUGAAAAGAAGCCAGUCCCUGUCGGGUUGGUAAUCGGUCUGACAUUGGUUUGUCUUAUUGCCCUUAGUCUAACAUUGGCUCUAACUAUAAUGCUUGUAUCGAAAUACAGAAACAGAGGUGCUGACCGUAAAGCCCAGUAUGCUGCAGUCCACACUGAACCAUAAAAAAACUUAUUCCUUAAUUCUUCAAAGAUUAUAACCCUUUUACUUCCAAGACUGCUGAGAGUCAGAAUUCUGAAAGAAUCCUAGUUUUGAUGAAAGCGAACAAUAAGGAGAUGCGCUUUCAUUUUAUUUAUUUUAUUUUCAUACCAUUUGUACCCUGGCCCAUUCUUCCUGAUUGAUUGUAGAAGAACUGUAAGGUGUCAUAACACAAUCAUAGUAACAAAAUCUAGGUAGACAGAUGGAGUCACUUAUUAAAAGAAGUAUAAUUAUUUUACUUUUUUUAAAUAAGUGACUCCAUCUGUCUACCUAGAUUUUGUUACUAUGAUUGUGUUAUGACACCUCUCUAAGCCCAAUCUAUCUAAGCAAUUAUUGCUUGGAUUCCCAAGAAAUUGUGGUGUUGUGUGGGUUUGGUUUUAUCCACUGAAGUCAAUUUACCAUCAUAAAACUUUUUAAAAGCUAACAUUUAGAGUAAUUCACUCUAAUGAGCGGCUAGCACUCCAACUGUCAGCUUUCUAUCUUUUUGGGUGGUAAAUUUUCUCAACUCAGUUAAGAAAACCAAGAUUUCGACCUACAAGUGCUGAAGGCAAUUUCAGGCACUUUGUCUCUCAACUUACCCUUUUUCCGCAAAGAGUAGGCAGCUCAAAGUUUGAAGUAGCUUAUUUUUGACCCAGUUGCCAGCACUUAAUGAGAACCUUGAACAGUGUCAAUGGCCCGUUGUGACUAAGAUUUGCCUGUAAGUCAUUAACCCUUUAAGUCCCAAUAUCCACAAGCAAAUUCUCCAAACUAUACAUUUCUUUAAAGAAUGAGUUGAGAGAAUUUGAGAAAAGAUCAAAGCAUUUUCUCUUUGGUGAUCAUUUAAUUAAUUCUCAUAACCUAAUCUCUUAACAUUGUAUGGAUAUUGUUAUGAGAAAAUUGAUGUUGGUCACUAUUGGGACUUGAAGGGUUAAGCAUCAAGGGAAUCAUAGUUGUUACAUAAACCUUUACUCCUGGGUCCCCUAACUAUGUGAGGCCUCAGAGCUGAUGGGCCCUGUACAGUUUUCUUAAAGCACUAAUUUGCAUUUUUGAGACAACUGAUCAAGAUAUACUCUUUUUCCUUCUGUAAUAUGCAUAUUUCCAACCUUUAAGUGUAAAAUUUUGAUAGAAAGAAAAAGUGAAAAUCUCUUCAGACCAGGGUAAAUCCCAAGAUUUUGUUGACAAAUUCAAAAACCGGUAUUGAAUGACAUAUUACAGUACAUUCUGUACCUCUAUUUGUUUUGGGUUAAAAAGGGUUAUUGUAGUAUUUUGCAUUUUACAUUCAAGAGUUGUUAGGGGCAGGUACCUUUUAUUUGCAUAAAAAUACUGGCAGGUGUUUUAAAGAUAUGUUUAUCGUUGUUUUUUUUUGUUGUUGUUGUUCCUGUCUCUUAUUUACUCUUUUGUUCGUAUUUUUGCUGUAUAAUACAUUCUUGUUUGAUGCUGUCUUAAGAAUUACCCUAAACAUUUCAAGUUAAAUAAUACCUUACUUGCAAUCAGCUCUUACACAAAUGUCGAGUUGAUCAAGUUGAUCAAGUGAUGUUCGAACAACAAUUUUGCAGUGACCUGCUUUGUAAAUUACAUCGUGGCAAACCACAUUUCUUCUUGGUGUACAAUACAACAAGAAUAUUGAAGCACUAAAUGUCAGUAACACUUGCCUUGAAGAAGCUGCUAGUUCCUUCAGGAAAACAUUUUUUGAUCAUACAGCUUGAUUUUUGCGGUGAUUUUUUAAGGUAACAUUAAUCUGAAAAGUGAUAUCUUAUAAUCUGAACUAUAAGAAUUAGAGAGUACCAGAACUCUAUUAUUUAUUUAGGUUAUCUCAAUGAUGUGGGAUACUAUAUGAAUUAGAAAUUUAAUUUUUGACGGAACGUGUGGAGAAAUAUUAUUAACUAUUAUUCAAGCACUAGUGUCGGGUGGUGUGCGCUACACGUGUAGUGGUUCUCAUCGGUUUCGAGCAUUUCCUGCCACUAGAUUUAAACUGCUUGGGUCUGAAAUAGGAUAGGGAAAAUCAUAUUUUGGUCUGAGACAGGCUCAGGAUUUCAGGAAGCGUGAUGCACACCACCAUCGCCACAGUUACCAGAAGUAUUCACACCAAGGGUGCAGUAGAUUUACUGAGCACUGAUUGGAGUUACUAAUUACAAUCUAGUAUUUAAUUUAUUUUUGUAAAUCAAGUUAGUCUAUUUUGACUUUAAGUUUUGCCCUUUCUCACAAACUGUCGUAUAUUAGUUUUACAAUUGCUCAAUCUCUAGUAGCCUACGAAUACAGCCGUCUCUUCGCCGCUAGGGACGACGAGAGCGCUGUAUUCGCAGGCUAAAUCUCUAGACCAUGCAAGGUAUUUGCAAGAGAAAACGUUACUUUUAGUGACGGUUAGCUCACUUGUGUAGAUUGUCUUUUAUUUACUGUGACUUUGGUGUUGUAGCUUACGGUUUCGCUCUUACCGGGACCAACCUCGCCCCCCAGGGUCUUUCGUACCCUACACGGCGAGAAGAGGAGAGUCCCUGGGAAAGAGCUCGUUACAACACUUUAAGUUGUCCGUAAUGAUGUUUCAACGGACAUUCCAUUGCUAGAUCAUAUUAUU